AUGAGCUGGUCGGGUUUUAAGAAGAAAUUAGAUCGUACAGGAACAAGGGUAUAUUAUAUUUCUAUUGUGCAUAAGCUCUUACUACCAUAUUUCGAAUUUACAUUAAUAAAUACAUUUUGGCACGAACAGCUUUUGCAAACAGUCGGUUCAAUCGAAAAGACGGUUGAUAAAAGUUUCGAAGAAGAGGAGCGUCGAUUUAAAAGUCUCGAGUCAAAAAGCGAGAAAUUACAUAAAGAAGCGAGAGGAUACUUAGAUUCUUUGCGUGCUAUAUCUAGUUCACAAUCACGAAUAGCAGAUACUAUUGAACAUUUCUAUGAUGAUUCAACUGAUGAUUCAUUGGCUGGAAAGAAAUAUAAGGAGUCUAUAGACCGUCUUGAGCAUGAUUGCCGGACUUACUUGGACGACCCAUAUCGUCAAACUGUAACUGAGCCUAUAGGACGAUUUUGCGCAUAUUUUCCGGAUAUAAAUGAUGCUAUCAAAAGACGCGAUAAAAAACUUUUAGAUUAUGAUUCACAGCGUGCUAAAGUACGAAAAUUAGUUGAUAAACCAUCAGAUGAUGCUAAUAAAUUACCAAGGGCCGAACAAGCAGCUAAUGAAGCUCGUGAACUUUACGAAUCAUUAAAUACUCAACUAGUUAAUGAGUUACCUAGAUUAAUAGAUCUUCGAGUCCCUUACUUUAAUCCUACAUUUGAAGCAUUGGUUAAAAUACAACUUAAAUUUUGUCAAGAAAGUUAUGAGGGAUUGAAUAGUUUACAAGAAUAUUUUCAUGAUAAUGAACAAGUCGACAAUAAGGUUGAAGCCGUUUUACAAAAAAUGAGAGAUUUGGCCAUUUGUGGAAUGGGAUAA